GCGCUCUCGUAAUAUACCCCCACGUAGCCUAAAAGCCCCACUUCCCCCCCUCUCUCUCCUCUCUCUCUGCAGCUUCCGCCUGCUCUGUUCUCCUCAGGAGCUCCGCAUUUCUUUCUCUCUCUCUCUCUCUCUCUCUCUCUCCGACGCGCGGGCGAUGGCGACGGUCAACCUCCCUUCGAGAAUGUCGCUUCCGAGCCCCGAGGCCUCACGAGCCUCCGAUCGUCUCUCCUCCGCCCGCAAUCUGUGCGACCUCCUCCUGGAGCCGAGAGGCCGAACCAGGCGGUCUAGCAGGAGGCAGAGCCUCGCCGUCAGAUCGAUCAAGAUCGCUCCGGAGAACCCGAAGCGUCCCCUCGCCUUGCAGAACGGGCCUCUGACCGUCGAUACGUCAAACUCUCCUUUUGAGGUACAAUCCGAUGAUUAUGAAGUAAGCAAUGCUAGAGUAACUGUGAAUGGAUUGAGAAAGACGAAGAUAGUCUGUACCAUUGGUCCAUCCACCAGCAGUCGUGAAAUGAUAUGGAAACUUGCGGAAAGUGGAAUGAAUGUGGCCCGUCUUAAUAUGUCACAUGGUGAUCAUGCCUCACAUCAGAAAACUAUAGACCUGGUGAAAGAAUACAAUGCUCAAUUUCAAGACAAGGUGGUUGCCAUAAUGUUGGACACCAAGGGGCCUGAAGUGAGAAGUGGCGAUGUACCUCAGCCGAUAAUGCUUGAAGAAGGACAAGAAUUUAAUUUUACCAUCAAACGAGGAGUCUGCACAGAGGAUACUGUUAGUGUUAAUUAUGAUGACUUCAUUAAUGAUGUUGAAGAAGGAGACAUACUGUUGGUAGAUGGUGGAAUGAUGUCAUUGGCUGUUAAGUCAAAGACAAAGGAUUUAGUAAAAUGUGUCGUGGUCGAUGGUGGAGAAUUAAAGUCAAGGCGUCACUUGAAUGUGCGUGGCAAAAGUGCCACUCUUCCUUCGAUAACAGAUAAAGACUGGGAAGAUAUUAAGUUUGGGGUGGACAACCAAGUUGAUUUUUAUGCUGUCUCAUUUGUUAAGGAUGCUAAGGUGGUCCAUGAGCUGAAAGAGUAUCUCCAAAGUUGCAAUGCAGACAUUCAUGUGAUUGUAAAAAUUGAAAGUGCCGAUUCUAUCCCGAAUCUCCAUUCGAUUAUUUCCGCUUCUGAUGGGGCAAUGGUUGCACGCGGAGACCUUGGAGCUGAACUUCCAAUUGAAGAAGUUCCUCUAUUGCAGGAAGACAUCAUCAGAAGGUGUCACAGUAUGCAGAAACCUGUAAUUGUUGCUACAAACAUGCUAGAAAGCAUGAUUGAUCACCCUACACCGACAAGGGCAGAGGUUUCUGAUAUUGCAAUUGCAGUACGUGAGGGUGCUGAUGCAGUAAUGCUUUCUGGAGAGACUGCCCAUGGAAAGUACCCAUUGAAAGCUGUUAAGGUGAUGCACACUGUAGCUUUGAGAACUGAAUCAAGUUUUAAGACAUCCACCAUACCUCCAGUUCAGUUAGGUGCCUUUAAGAGUCACAUGGGCGACAUGUUUGCUUUCCAUGCCACUACUAUGGCCAAUACCCUUAAUACGCCAAUCAUUGUAUUUACAAGAACUGGAUCCAUGGCUAUUCUUCUGAGCCAUUAUCAGCCUUCGUCAACCAUCUUUGCCUUCACAAAUGAAGAGAGGAUCAAGCAGAGGUUAGCACUUUAUCGUGGUGUCAGGCCUAUAUAUAUGCAGUUCUCUGAUGAUGCAGAAGAGACCUUCUCUCGAGCUCUCAAGUUAUUAGUGAACAACGGCAUGCUGAAGGAAGGGGAGCACGUCACUCUUGUUCAAAGUGGUGCACAACCAAUAUGGCGCCGAGAAUCUACUCACCACAUCCAAGUUCGUAAGGUCCAAGGAUGAUUUUGCACUUUAAAGUAGCUCACAUGUAGAUUAUUUUGAUCACUGGAUUGCUUUGAUGGGGGCAAAAAAGGCAAGGUUGCUUUAGAAAUGGCCAUUGAAAGUCAAACUCUUCGCACUUUAGUGGGAGUUAACAAGAAGAAGGUCAAUUGGCCGCUCCUGACUUAUUCUGCAGCUGGUCCUGCAUGAUCUGUUUUGGCAUGUCAUGGCAGAUGAGCUCAGAGCCAAUCUGAACCUUUUUAGGUUCGUCUCUUCUUUUGUUUUUGCUUUGCAGAGAGUGUUUCAACUUGCAACAUAUUUUGGCUUGUCAUGAACAUGAGCCUGCUUGAAAUUGGACUUAGUACUGAAAUCGUACAUGUAGAGAAGAGGCAAGUUCAUUCAUUUGGGAGAGACCUCCAGCUUUAAUGCAAUAAUACAUUCACAAA